GUGACGCCUGUCCCAAAAACCUCCCCACCUACAACUCUCUCUCCAUACACCAUUAUAAAAACCAACCCACCAUUCCAUUUAUUCACCCUUCUUGCUUCACUGUCACCCCCGCUAUAGCUACUUGUUCAACCCACCCAACGCCACCUCUUCAUUUCCCUCUCAAACCCAUCGCCACUUCACAACCAUGCAACUUUUCUGCUCAUCAUUAUUAACACCACCUUUUUCACAGUCUGAUUUUGUUCUUCUUUUGAUUCCAGCCCUUCUGCUCUUAGGCCUGGUCCUCCAAUGGCGCCACCCCAAACACAAGCGCCUGCCCCCUGGCUCAAUGGGCUGGCCUUAUAUUGGAGAGACUCUCAGGCUUUACACUGAAAACCCAAAUUCAUUCUUCUCCAGCAGGCAAAAACGGUAUGGAAAUAUAUUUAAGACCCAUGUUUUGGGGUGCCCCUGUGUGAUGAUUACAAGCCCAGUAGCAGCAAGAAUGGUUCUUGUGAGCCGGGCGCAUCUGUUUAAACCAACUUAUCCAAGAAGCAAAGAGAGAAUGAUAGGACCAGAAGCCAUAUUUUUCCACCAAGGGGCCUACCAUGCAAGUCUGAAGAAGCUGGUUCAGGCUGCCCUUUUGCCCUGUGCAAUAAAAGGGUCAGUUUCAGAGAUUGAGCAAAUUGUUCUGAGGCUUCUACCCACUUGGGAAAACAGCAGCAUCAACACUUUGCAAGAGAUGAAGAGGUUUGCUUUUGAUGUGGCAAUGAUUUCAGCCUUCGGCAACAAUAGGGACUUUGAAAUGGAAGGAAUUAAACAUCUGUAUCAAUGCCUUGAGAAGGGCUAUAAUUCUAUGCCUCUUGAUCUACCUGGAACUCCUUUUCACAAAGCCAUGAAGGCAAGGAAGCUUCUCAAUGAGACAUUGAGGGGAUUGAUAGCGAAGAGAAGGAAGAGUGAUGAGGAAGAAAGUGGUGGCUUGCUGAGAGUACUGUUGGGAAAGGACCAGAAUAAGCCUAACCUGCAGCUUAGUGAUUCUCAAAUUGCUGACAAUAUCAUUGGGGUUAUCUUUGCCGCUCAUGACACUACUGCAAGUAUCCUAACAUGGCUCAUCAAAUAUCUGCACGAUAAUGCCGAUCUCCUAGAAGCUGUCACUAGAGAACAAGAAGGAAUUCGACGCAAAUUAUUCGCUGAGAAUCGUGGGCUUACGUGGGAUGAUACUAGACACAUGCCUUUAACAAGUCGGGUGAUUCAAGAAACUCUAAGAACAGCAAGUAUACUGUCGUUCACAUUCAGAGAAGCAAUGGAAGACGUGGAGUUUGAGGGUUAUUUUAUCCCUAAAGGUUGGAAGGUGCUGCCUCUAUUCAGAAGCAUUCAUCACUGUGCAGAUUUCUUCCCUCAUCCCGAAAAAUUUGACCCUUCAAGAUUUGAGGUGCCACCAAAACCAAACACUUUCAUGCCGUUCGGGAAUGGCGUGCAUUCUUGUCCAGGCAAUGAACUGGCCAAGCUUGAGAUGCUCAUCCUCCUCCACCAUCUCACCAUUGCUUACAGGUUCUCUCUCUCUCUCUCUCUCUCUCUCUCUCUCUCUCUCUCUAAUAAAAUAUGCUAUUAAGGGUGUAGUUCAGUGGAAAAGGACCUUAAUUUGCAGAUUAGUAGUCUUAAGUUCGAAUCUCCAUGACACCUUUUUGUAGUUUAGACUAUUGCUUGUAUUUAAAUAAAAAUAAAAACUAUUAAUUACUGAAAUUAAAGCACAUUGUCAACAAAAUUCAUUGGGUUACAUUCCUGUUGAUAUUUAUGCAAUUAUUUCUUUUCUUUUUGGGUUUUGGGUAAAAGUCAUUUGUCCCCCUCUUAGUUGACUAGAGGGUAGCGGGAAGUGGCCGGGGAAUGAUUGGUGGUCCAAUGGUCCUUCCCUUAGGCUGUGGAAGUGGUCCUCAGUAUCAUCGACAGGGCGAGUGGGCAUUUUAUAGUGUUUUUUUUCCUUAUUCUCAGUGAGUGUGCUGAGUAGAAAACUGGGUCACCAUAUGUCAUAUACACCCAAAUAUAGAUUUUCAUUUGCGUGCUAAAACACGUGGCAUGCAUGCGCCUACCAUUAUUCAAGCAUUAUUUAAUCCUGACUUCUCAAGUUUGCAUGAGAUAUAUGCUACUAAUCUCCAACAUGGACCUCUAUUAUCUUUACAAGUUCUCAAAUUCAAUGUGUCAAAAUUGAAGCAAGCUUUAAAAAUAAAAAGCCACCCAACAGCCCUCCUCCAGCGGCUCCUCCCUCCAUUGCCAGUCGCGCGAGUCGCACUCAUGCGAUUGGCAUUAAUCUGUGCAUGCGUAUUCACGUAUAUAUGCGUAUAUACAGACAUACAUACAUAUAUGUACGUAGUCUUUUGAUUAAGAUUUCAACCAGUAGAUUAAAAUAUUUUUCUUUAUACCAAUUUACGCAUGUAAACCUUGCACAAAGGGAUAUCUAGACAGUUCAUUUUAUGUCAUGAGUAACAAACUCAACAGAAUCAAUAAUACGUAUACAGUUUUGUGUAAAGCCUAUACAAUUUUGUCUGUACGAGGAUCAAAAGCCUUUUUCUUUGGUCAACUUUCUAGUACACAUCCAUCAAUUUUUUUCGUACAUGUAGGACCUGCCCUUAACCCUAAUCAACUAUCAUCAAGACAGACAGAGACAACCCUUUUAGUGAUAUUAGAUUGUGAGACGGCUCUCCCAAUCCCACCCUUUUUUCCCAAAUCUCUAGUCUCAUCAGCUGGCUAGGCCUUACAUGAGUCAUUAGCCUCUACAAUUUUACCAAUUCUAUUCAUAAUAUUUCACAUCGAGAGUUUAAUUGCAUGUAAUCAAUCAAACUUGGAGAGUUUAGUUAAUCUGACUGCCGAAUAAGAGAAUAUUUCCGUAUAUGCUAUUCCAUUCGAAAACAUCAUACUGAGACAGACAAUUAGCCAGCUGUGUGCUCAGUCUAGACGGAAUGGCUAUGAAACAUAUUUGGUUUGCCAGCUGUAGACAUGGUGGUCACCACAGCUCUCUCUUCUGCAUGUUUUACACCACAACUCUCUCUUCUGCAUGUUUUACACCACAACAUCACAAGUUGUCUACAUCAACUACAUAUAUAUAUAUAUAUCCUUAUAGCCUCAUGCUUUUGUUAGCAUCAUUAGCUACUACACUACUUUUGUUGGGUUCUGGCUAAGCAAACUAAAAGUUUGACAUUGUUAUUGAUUAUAACCGUGAUAUUUGGCAAUGUGAUUGCUACCAACCAAGUGGUUGAUGGCUUCUGUAGAUUUUUCUUUUUGGUAUCAGAAUGAGGAAUGCUAAGCUCAGUUGCCCAUGUAUAUGGAUGAUCUAUAAUCUGUUGAUGCAUGUGAGUCUCAUAGUGUACGAACGACUCAUAGUCACAUGCGUGCCUCGGAUGACUGACCCUGGCAAAAUUGAUAGCGGUAUAUACAUAUAAGCUUUUAUUUUGGCUAAUUUUUGUAUGAUUGGCAUU